UUUCAUACAACGCUCAUUUAGAUGACAUAUUAUUUGCGAAACGGUAAUUAAGCAGCUUUAUCGCGGACGAUAGCUUGAUUUUCAUGCAUCCGAUAGCAAUACUACUCCCAUCGUCAGUUCCUCACGAGAGAUGCAUGUGUGUGCGUGUGUGUGUGAAAAUUUCUACACUAAUACACCGACAUCACCCACAUUGCUGCGGUAGCAUUUUCAGCACCAAAAAAACGAAAUGCCACCAGCUUUUUACAAAAUUACACCGUUUUGCAACAUGGGCACCCAAACUACAACUAAAUUCGAUACACACCAAAUAAUUGAAUCAAAUACACACCAAUUUGAGCAGAAAUUUUAUAAAUUUCUGCUUGGAAAUGUGAGAAAUCACAGAGCGAAGUAAAACUUGACCGAGAAUCCACUUGCCUUUGAAAAAACUGCAAACUCACCAACGCCGAGCAUGAGCUCAAAGCUAAGCGUGGCCAUGUGUUAGAGUAGCACCACUACAGUGUAGUAUGGUGAUUUUGCAUACGGCACUCUCAUAUGCUGCCACGUCUUGUCCACAAGCGGGGCCGGUGUGUUGAAUUUAGAGAUGAUAGGCGCAACCGUGACAACACGCUACAUAUUAACAAAUCGAUUGUCACAAUGUUUUAUCCGAAGACACCAUUUUAUGGCAAAGCAUUGCUGCUGGAAAAUGAAGUUCUCAAAGCAAACUCCACAGCAUUAAGCCGAUUGCUGCCAUGGCUUUGUCAGACACCACGAAUUACAACUUAUCGCAUCAACACUCUGCGCAUCAGCGUAGCGGACUACAAGGCCCAACUGCAGGCCAAAUUGAGAUCGCAAUAUGGCCAAAAAGCGCCCAACGUUUAUGGACUAGACGAGCUGCCCGAAAUGUUGUGCAUAGCUCCACUCGAUGUGGCAGCUGAAGAUCUACCAGUGGAUGACCACCUCAAGCAGGUCAUUGUGGACACCAGCUGUGGUGCCGCAUUACUGCGUGGCGCACACAUUUUUGCACCCGGCGUUCUCGCAAUGGAAUCGAACACUCAACUGCAGGAGCUGGUGAAUGUGUAUGCAGAUCUGCCCGGCAAAUGCAAACGGGGCACUGCAACGCGCUACGUGUGCGACGAGAAGAUCUUUUUAGGCGUUGGACAAGUGCAAAUGCAACGCCAUCAAUUGUACAAAAACAACGAGAAGGAAGAGUCGUCUCCCACUGGGAUUGCCGUGCGUAUGCAGCGCAAUAUUAGUGGUGUGCCCACACUGGGCGAUCUGAGCGAUGCGAAUGGGCUGCUUCAGAACCUGCCGUCAAUUGUGUGUGUUCGAGUGUUGGGGCCACAGCCAGGUGAACGCAUACUGGACAUGUGCGCGGCGCCGGGUAACAAGACAACGCAUAUGGCCGAGCUAAUGGGCGAUGUGGGCACCAUUGUGGCGCUGGACAACUCGGCGAAUCGCUUGCGUGCAAUGCAAUCGAAGCUGGCCAACUACAGCUGCAUUGAGACACAUCAAUUUGAUGCCACCAAGGCGUGGCACGCCGCUGGCAAUGGCCCGUCAAGUGGUCCGCCUCCCUUUGCUUCUGACAGCUUUGAUCGCAUUCUGUUGGAUGCACCCUGUAGUGGUCUGGGCAAUCGGCCGCAGCUCUGUUCCAAUGUGAAACAGGCGAAGGUGCUGCAAUCCUAUCCACACAUACAGCGCAACCUAAUGGCACAGGCAGUGCCACUGUUGCGUCCCGGUGGCAUCCUUGUCUACAGCACUUGCACCAUCACCGAGGCGGAAUGUGAGCAACUGGUGGCGUGGACACUGCGCAAAUUCCCCCAGCUGCGACUGAUGGAUGCCACACCCAAGUUGGGUGCACCUGGUCUGCCACUGCACCCUGAACUGAGUGCUGAGCAGUGUGCGCUGCUUCAGCGUUUUGGGCCAAGUGCUGAGAAUCGUGUGCCGAACUUGGAUACAGUCGGAUUUUUCAUAGCAAAGUUUCAGAAGGCAUCAGAACUGCGAUGAUUUAUAUUAUUUAUAACUGAACAAACAUCAAAAUUAAUUUGAUUUGUUUGUUGGCUAAUGAAAAUAAAGUAGAUCCCUUUAAAGUUAACAG